AUGGCCGACAAAAAGAGUCUCCCCAGUCAUCACGAUGAUGCUCAAUCUUUGCCAGACAAUGUAUCCGAUAUUGCUCAGGGUGUGAAUAUGGAGCAAUACAGGGCAAAUGUCCCGCUCUGGAAGCGGGUAUGGCAGAACAGUUUGACGCAGAUGAUACUUCUGAGCAUCCAGGCAUUCUGUGGGCCGGCCAUGUCAGAUGCAAUUACAGGCCUCGGUGGCGGUGGUCUUGCCUCUCCUCGGGUGUCGAAUAUCUCGACAGCCAUUACAUAUGCCAUGCUUGCAGUCGUUUGCUUCUUGGGUGGUCCGCUCGUGAACAAAAUCGGUAUCAAGUGGGCUCUUAUCAUCGGCUCGAUGUCCUUCCCUAUUCAAGGAUCUGCGUACUACUGCAACAGCAAAUUCGGCAACGAAUGGUACCUCAUUCUCAGCGGGGCUAUUAGUGGUGUUGGGACCGCUUGCUGGUAUGUCGCCGAGGCUGGGGCUAUCAUGACGCUUGCACCUACCGGUGCCCGUGGAAAAUAUUUGGCUCUAUGGAUUGUGUCGCGGAAUCUUGGCCAGCUUGUUGGUGGUGCAAUCAAUCUGUCUAAGAACCACGAAAAAGGGGUCAGUGGUGGAGUAUCUCCCGACACUUAUAUUGCCUUUGUGAUUAUUGAGUGUCUCGCCCUGCCAUUCGCGUUGCUAAUAACUCCCUUCGAACGCGUUGUUCGAUCUGACGGUACCAAAAUCGUCACCUCGGAGACACUUUCUACCAAGAUGGAAAUAAAGCGUAUUGGGAAGACCAUGACGUCGAGACUCAUUGCACUUUCUUCCAUUUGGGCACUGUGGUCAUUCUUUUACACCGGUUCCUGGACCACCUACUUGGGUACUUACUUCACUGUCCGCUCCCGCGCUCUAUCAUCCCUCGUCUCGCCUUUCUUCUGCGUCGUUGGCUGCUUUGGGCUCGGUUUUAUCCUUGAUAUGAAGGGCGUCAGCCAACGCCGCCGCGCCCAGAUUGGCCUCUACACCGUCGUCAUCCUCAACUUCGGUGUGUACAUCUGGUCCAUUAUUAUGCAGACCAAGUUCAACCGCCAUAAACCUGGCUCUAUCGAUUGGGAUGACGGACUGUACCCUUCGUCCUUCCUGCCGUAUUUCUUUGUGCAGACUACGGGCCCGUUGUCACAGUCGUACAUGUAUUGGCUCCUAUCAUCAUUUGCGACCGAUGCGCAGGAAAAUGUCCGUAACGGUGCCGCAUUCCGCUGCAUCGAGGCUAUUGGACAGGCUAUUGCCUACGGCAUGAACACUCAAACGACGAGUAACCCCCUGAUUGGAUUCGGCGUAACUUUUGGGCUACUCGGGGCUGCUCUUCUUCCCAUGAUUAUGCUUGUGAACACGACACCAGACCGCAUCCCUGCCGAUAUAGUUGCCGAGGAACAGGCUGCUGCUCGAGAGAAGAUUGAUACCUGA